AUGGUUGUCGAGGCCAUCUGUCCCUGCAGGGAGACGAACGAGGAGAAGGGCCAGGUGUACGGAGUACGGAGGACUUGGAGCUUCCAGCCUCAUUCUCAGCACGCUUUGGACGAGAACACACAAUUCAGAAACAUGCGUGAUGUGCCCCGCGAUUCGGGCACGGCGACGCAGCACCUAAGUGGCAGGCCUUGUCAUAUUGGCGCCGCAUCUUGGACCGUUGCUGGUGCCAGGUGGGCUGGCGAGGGUCUCGAAGUGACUUGCAUCUUCCCACCUUCCAGCCGCCGGGUGGUUUGCGAAGAUCCAUGGUCGGGGUAG